GCGUGGCGCGACUUCCGGGCCCAGCUCAUCGCCCGCGAGGAGGCGGAGGCUACUGGCCGUGAGAGGCGAACCGUGGCCCCAAAGAAUGCGCAGCUCUUGCGCAGUCAGAGUGAGGAGCUUUGGAAUGAGUACAUGAACGGUGCCUGGGCGCACGUUGCUCCGGUAGAGGUGGGCGGACUGCUCUGCCGCAGCCCACUUCCUGCCCAGAUCACCUGGCUGAUGCGCCAGAACAGCAGCCGCUUCGUCUGGGCUCGACGGCUCCGAGAGCGAAUCCUUCAGGAGCUGCCGGAGGUCUCCGGUCGGCAACCUGAGGAGCUCUUCGAGACCUGGUCGCAAAACACGAUGUUCUGUUACAAGGUAGCUGACAAGCUGACAGAAACGGCUCUGCUGGAAAUAGCUGCCAGCGCAAAGAAGAAUGGAAUUGACAUGCGCUCUCUGGAUGAUGCAGGCCGUGAGCUGGUGAUGCUGUACGGAAGCAUGGAGCGCACCUGGCAGUCGGUGUGCCUGGUGCUUCACGCCGAUUCCACCAGUUGCGCUGCACAGGCCGUCGCCAUAAAUCGUCCAUUCGCCAGGUCGGUGGACGACGCCUUGGCGCGGUUCCUCCUCUUCGGUGCCCCGGCUGCUUCCAGUGACUCGCUCAGCGAAGAGGAGCAGAGGGAUCAGCAGAGGCUUCAGUACCGCUUUCUCGAAGCUUUUGGCGACAACGCUGCAGUUUACAUUGGCGGUCCGGAGAUGCAGAGUGCACCAGGACUUCUGAUCCACGGCUUUGAGCUUGAAGGAUCAUCGGAGCUGGCACCGGGAACUCGCAUCUACCAAGGAGGUGUCGAGGCUGCUAUCGACGGGAUACUUGCUGGAAGGUACUCCCCUCUAGAUUUCCGCUGGUUCGUUGGCCGACAUCUGGACCUGCGCACGGACGACUUCGCAUGGAUCUCCAUGGCUUCUGCACGGCCGUUGACGUUGAAGCAAUGCCUGGGUCUGCCGAAGCCGCUGUGGCACGAG